GCAGUUAUUUUUAUUGAUUCUAUUUGUGAUCUUGAUUUUCUGUGAUGAUUUCAUCUACGGUAACUUCUAUAACCUCGUAAAAUUGAGGAACAACGUUGGCAGUAAUUAGGAAGGCGGCGUCUUUAAUAUGCUUCUCAAUGCGUAGGAGGGCAGGUUAUAGCUCAUUUUCCUCCAGUUUUGGACGUGCUUAAGUAUUGUGAUGACAAAUACCAUCAUUAUAACGUUUUAUUUAUCAAAUUGUAAAAAAAAGUGAUAGUGGACUAUCCCUGACACAGGAACGUACCUUAUGGUAACGCAAGGAUCUUAUUUCUAUGUCAACAAUUUCUUGAUGUAGUUGUAUUUCAACAUUGCGCUACUGCAUUCCUUCGGCUUUAAAUCAUUAAUAUCUUUAAAAUGAAUCAGGAAGCUUUGAGAAACAGUCCCUUGAGCUGCCACGCAGGCUAUUCACGUUGCAUUCUUAGUCAUAAUGACGCAAUAAAGGGGUAGGCUAGUCAGGGAAGGAACCGGGAAGGCGUUUCUCUGCUCUGCGUAAGGUCCAAACCCACGAAGAUUUUGCUUGCCAAAAACGAAAUAUUUGAUCUUACAGAUUUCUUAAAUCACUCUAACAUGUUGAAGUUUUAUUUAGUAAUGGAUAAACGACCUUUUUUAAGAGUACUUUUCGGGCUACCAGUCCUACUGAGCAUUGAUGACUAAGCCGUACUCUCCAAGUGUAAAUUACAUGGACUAAAAUUUGCUGAAGUGAGGUCCAGUGUUUCCUCCGCCUAGCAUAAACAGGUUUUCAAACGCCAGCCCCUUGAAAAUUAUAAAUUGUUUCAUCAUUACUUCGUGAACCCUUCUUGAUUAAGUUUUCGACUUGAUUAACGCUGUUUAAAAAAAUUUUUGUUGGAGUGAACCCUGAAGUACAGCGAGUUUUUCGUCGUUUUCUCAAAAUAACUUUAGUUUUUAGAAAACUUCGAACCGGAACUGAGAAUAGAAAUAUUUUUGUCUGAUCUUAAAUAUCAGUGGCAGUGAUGAAAGUAUUAGCUAGGUUAGCAUGGGGGGGAUUUCCGUUAAGAGACAGAGUGAAGUGGCAGGACUUGCACGUUCGCAUUCGUGUAUCAAGCUUGACCUUGGGCGGUCAAUAUACCACUGAUGAUAUAACGUCAAACAUUCUCAAGUAACAUCACAAAUUACUUCAUUCAGCGGAUUUGACUCACGAAAAAAGUUGUUGUUUUGUAAGCUGUUAAUUGCCGUAUUGCAUGCCUGAUGCAAAUCAAGGUUGCAAGUCUAAUGUGAUAAUAUGAUGUGUCGGCACGUCACUAAUUGGUUGUGAGGUCGGAAAGUCUUUGAUGAACUCGGUAUUACACGUAACAGCUUAUCUUUCUGUUUACAGCUAAGAGUCUCACUUAUGAUCCUGAAGUGUGUUUUCAUUCGUCUUAUUUAGUACUCUUAGCGUUAGAGUCGUCUGUUCUGAUCCAGGCUGCUGAUGUAAAGUGCAAUAACAUGGCUGUACGUAGUUGUAGAAGGAAAUCUUUAUCCAUAGCUGGUCUUCUGUUGGUAUUCGCUGUGCUGGCAUUGAAAACACGACCUAUGUCCACGACUCACAUUGACAAAGAACUAAAAUUACUUGAAGAGGAAGAGAGACGACACGAGGCAAGUUGUACUCACAACCGUCGCUUAAAGCGUCAUGAUCAAGCAAUGUUCCCUCCGACGCGGCCGACUGGAGCACGUUUUGGUAAAGCGCUUCGUUUUUUUGGAAGAGAAUUGAUUCGAUUCGCUGGUCAUCGCGUGGCUACUUUGAGAGAAUUUACUAUCGACUUUUGGAUGAAACCAGAAGGAGGUCAACAAUCUCCUGUCAGUGUUCUCGGGUUGUUUGACGACUGCUCCCUUCAAGCAUCAGAUAGAGGAUGGAGAAUAGGUCUCCAAGAAGCCUCGCCUGAGAAAAAUCUGCGUGUGUUCUUUAGCUUACGAGCUGCGCGAUUACACAAGAGUACCUCAAUCCUCUCACCUCUAAAUGUCGAGCCGAAUGUAUGGAUUCACAUUGCUGCUACCUACGAUGGCCGCAAGAUGAAACUCUACGUUAAUCAGGCCAAUGUUGCGGUGUCAUCCGACCAAAAGGGGCAUGUAUUUGCUAAAGCACUAAUGCCAGAUCAAUGUGAAUCCCUCGAGGCUGGGGGUGAUAUCAAUGCUAAUAUUUACUAUCGUGGAACUAUAGAUGAAUUAAAGCUGUGGUCUGUUGCGAAAUCACAUCAAAGUAUUAGCCUUGGUGUGUUUGAUAACAAACUAUUGGAUAAAAAUGGCUUUAUUUUGUACGAAGACUUUAACACUGCUUCUGAUAAAGGAGUUUUUCGUGCUUCAUGGGUGGCAGUAACGAAGAGUUUACCUGAAAUAGUCAAAUCUACCAUCCCAAGUGAUGCAAAUGACUUAACCAUCAGUAAGCCCCCCUGUGGUAGUACGGUCUGUGACAACCCUGAAGUCGUACGCAGUUAUGUUAAUAACACUCAUCUUCGAGAUCGUAAGGUUUUACGAUUCAGGAUUAUCAAUGUUAUGGAAAAUGAUGGAGGAAAUCCGAUCGUCACUCAAGAACAAAUACGACACCAAACGGAAAUCCUAAACAGUUCUUUCCAGCGAUAUAACAUCUCUUGGGAGCUUCAUGAGGUCAACGUGAAAAACACAUCGCUACGUCUUCGAACUGUGUUGUAUAUGUGUUCACCGAAGAAGAUUGGAGAUAUGGAAUGCAAUCCUGAAUGUGACUUUCCCAUUACAGGACAAGAUGGCGGUGAUUGUAUUAAAGCAGGUGGGUCUAGAUGCGACCCGUCUAAACGAGAUAACGGGAAAUGUGACCUUGAAUGUAACAGACAUGAUCAUCUGUGGGAUUAUGGAGACUGUUGCAACCCUAAGAUUACUCUUACACAUAAAACAUGUUUUGACCCUGCGUCACCCUACAGGGCUUACAUCAGUGUGCGCGAGUAUAAAACUCUUUUAAACUUUUCGAAUCAUCAGUACCUCAACGUUUAUUUUGCGCAGUGUGGGGACCAGUGUGAAGACAUCUUCCAUGGUUCAGCAACCUUCCCAUGGGAAAAAGCUGUUCAUAGUAAUCUAGGAGGCGUGAUUAUAAACCCGACUAAAUUUGGCCUCAAGGGGCAUUCUAAUGCAAUAAUCCAUGAGUUCGGUCAUAUGCUUGGAUUAUGGCACGUUCAUCAUGGUGUAUCAGAGUUAAGAUGCACUGAUGAAUGUUAUGAACACUUCCCAUCGAUGGAACUGGGUGAUUUGUGUUCUGAUACCAACCCAACCCCACGAAACAACAGGUGUAGAGAUCCAUCUCCACAGAAAACCGAAGGAAAUUGCAGAAAAAGAUACUACAAGGACACGCCGUUUAGGAACUACAUGAGCUACGCUGACGAUUCCUGUACAGAUUCGUUUUCUCCGCAACAGGUGGCACGAAUGCAUUGUUACAUCGAUCUGGUCUACCAAUCAUGGCAGCCAGAGAUAACAAAGCCUUCUUUCAUACCCCUCCCCCCUCGGGUUACAAGUGACUUUCCUGGGAGAGUCGCCAUAACGUGGAUCCCUCCUCUGGGUACAGGAGGUGAGAAUGCCAAGAACAUGUGUCAUUAUUGUCGAGAGAACAGUGUUUUACACCAGUACGCAGUUACAGCUUAUUCUCCCAUCUCGGACAAACCCAACGGCUUCUGGGCUCCACAUCAAGCUAUCGGAGCUCCCGAUGCAGACCCUUGUGAACUCUCUCCAAAGGCCUGGUCCCCUCUACGUAAGACCCCCUGGUGUGGUAGUAACUGUUACAUAGAGCUAGGGUUCAACGAGGCUAUCGUACCCACCAGCUUGUCAAUAUGGGUUUCUUGGCAUUCUAACGAAGGUAUUAGUGACAUCCAACUCUGGUUCGAAGAUUCGACUUUCAAGUCAUUAGGUAAUGCGACUGCGCAGUGCGACAAACCGCUGACCAUGGCCAUCAAGACCAACAAGAAAGUGUCCAAGGUGCGUGUUUAUGUGAGAGACUCAUUGACGUGCAUCGAUGCUGUGCAACUGACAUCGUCUGUGUUGCAUCCUAACUGCAUUCGCUGUAAACCACUAGAAUACCACGUGACUCGUGACCCGGCAUUUACAUCUGCCAAGCCAGUAAUCGUCAGGGAGACCAGGUUUAUAGACCAGUGUGUAAGCAUAAGGUGCGCCCAGAAACAGGGACUUCAUGGGCUCCCUGUGGUCAUAGAUACAGCGAUGAGGAUUACUGGCUUGACGUCGUGUUUGAACGGCCUGUUGUUCCCGCUGCUGUGGUGAUUUACAUCGCAGCGGACGGACAGACAACAUACAGUGAAUUCAUCAAAACUGUUGAGGCAGAAUUAAUCGAUACAAAUGGCAACAAACACCCAACAGGCAGUAAUCCAGUGAAUCUGUCUUGUAAGACUAACCCUGCUAUCAUCCCAGUACAACAUGAUAUGACUAAAGAAUUCUUCUACAGCCAGAAGGUUCGUAUCAAGUUCAGAUCCUUCAUGAUCGCCAUCGCAGGCGUCGCUCUACGCUCGCUUACUAAAGUCGAUCCAGUUGCCAUGGCAGCGUGUCGUCCAGACGAAGUUUUCAACCCUCGUACACAGAAAUGCCACAAAUACGCAUGCGUCAAACCAUCCUGUAAACCGCUGGUCAUCAAGCGCGGAACUAUCAAAUGCGAAGGCAAUGAAGAAGGUCAGCGGUGUACUGUGACAUGCGCAAAGGGUUAUCUUCCUCGAAGUUCCUUCAAAUUGCUUUGUUUGCAUGGGAAGUGGAGAGGAGCUGUGAAGAAGUGUCUCCCAGUGAAUUGUGGAAUACCAAAGAUCCCAAAUGCUAAACCAGAUUGUCCCAAAGGAACUCUCUUUGGUGCAGUUUGCACUUUUCAUUGCAUCCAACACGCCAAAAGGAACGGCAAGGACAACUCAAUAACAUGCGAAGACGACAACAAAUGGUCCGUACAGCGGUCAUUCUGUGUAAGCACAUGCGCACCUCCUACAGUCCCGUUGAACUCAGUACCUCUCUCGAAUAGCAAUACUUGUAUGGACGGCAAACAAAAGAGGUUUUACCCAGGGAUGGCUUGUAAAUUCCGUUGUGAACCUGGAUACAGACUUGUGAAAGACAGACGUUCGUCAUCACGAAAGACCUUAAAAAUACGUUGCACAAAAGAAGGCAAGUGGACUUUGAACUCUCGCUGCGAGCCAAUGACAUGUAAACUUCCUUCACCUCAUAUUCUCCGCUGGUAUAACUGUUCUAAUGGCAAUGUUCCUGGCAGUGUUUGUACUUCUUUAUGUCCCAGCGAAAAGACGCAUCAAGUCAAGUGUGGUAUCAACUUGGAGUGGAGUCCAAAAUUUAUCAAAUGCAAGUCAGCAAAGUCGUGCAGUAAACUAGAAGCUCCUGGUCUUAGCUUUGUUUGUGAUGAAUAUGGCUUGGAAGAAACUUGUAAAGUCAAAUGUUUGAAGCUCAACCAUGAUGCUGUCGUCAAGGGCGAAGAACACAAGUGGGAUGUGUCAAUCAAAUGCAAUGACAAACAUAACUGGGACCCAGAUCCCCGCAUGAUUAUCUGUCUUCCUAAGUGUGGCGUGGACAUCGGUGAUGGUUCAUGUGACAGACAAAAUAACAACAAGCACUGUCGGUGGGAUGGUGGGGAUUGUUGUCUCUCUACCUCUAAACGUCGCCUGGUCUUGCGAAUCCCACCCUGGUGUAAAGAAGACUGUGACUGUAAGGAUCCGGAUGCUAUUGAGAACAAGACUCCACGGCCUGGUAGUGGAGCAGGAAUAGGACCAGGCGAUGAUGAUGAUGAUGAUGAUGACAGCCCUGGUGAAAGUGAUGGUAAAAAUAGAUCGUAUAAAAUUGAAACCAAGCAAUAAUAACUUUACUCAGCAUGGGCUGUUCCUGUUCUGUCUACGGUAUCAAAACUAUUAAACGAUCAGAAAGUUGGUUUUUACUGAUGACGCAUACGCGUAAACAAGAGUCUCACGAGCUCGACACGCGCAAGCGCAAUCGUACUCCUUGUUUCAUUACUCUACAUAACGUUUCUAAAUCCUUCUAUAUCCUUUUGCAUACUUUUUUAUUGUCACGCAUUACGCCAUAUUGGUCUUAUACUGACCUUGCGUUACCAGUGAAAACGAAACUUUUAUUAUCCGUGACAUGUCACUUAUGACGCAAAUAUAAUUUGAUACAAAUUAUGACCUUGUCAGAAAAACCAGACAAAGACAAAGGGAGGCUAUCUAUGAUAUCAAUGAUUUUUGAUAAUUAUCUAAAAUGAAUUGCAUAAAUAUUGCAAUGCACAAUACUGUUGCUGUUGCAAUGCGAAUGCUAAAAUACUUUGGUGUGCAAAGACUUUCAGACAAUAUGGAGUCAAUAUUUAUCGGUGAAAUAGAUUUUAGGGGGCYAAUCAGAAGAAGAGUUUUUUGCGCGUUGCAUUAAUACUGUUUUAAAGGAACAGAUUUUACUUUGACUGAUUUGACAAGAUGUUGAUGUGCGUACUGCAUGUUACAUUACGGCAGCCAUGUUGGUGGACCUUUAACAAAACAUUCCACGUUAGCUUCUCUUGUUAUGUAGACCAACAUGGCUGUCAUGCCUUAGUCUUGUAUUACGAAUCUUGAGUGACUUUAAUGAUAUAUUUACAAACGGGAUUCUAUAUUCUUCCUAUUUCGGUAUUCAGAUAUUUUUCGAUGCAAUGUUGAUAAAUAAAGUAAUGAAAAUGUUCUGAGAAAGUAGAAAAUCUGUUGAACAAUAAUGAUUUCCACAAUGCAUUGGGUAACGGGGUUGAAUUUUCAUAACUAUACCUACAAAAUAUUAUAAUUAUUAAGUAUUAAAUUAUUGACCAUUAUCUUUUAAUCAUAACAAAAACUUGAUAAAAUCUUUUUAUCAAUUA